AUGCGCCCCUCACUGCACCUGGCCUUCCUAUUGCUGGCUCUGGCCACCAUGGCCACUCCCAAGGCUGACAGUCAGUGUCCGGCAUGUGGGGGGCCCGCCUUGGACCUGGAGAGUCAGCGGGAGCUGCUUCUUGACCUGGCCAAGAGAAGCAUCUUGGACAAGCUGCACCUCAGCCAGCGCCCACACCUGAGCCGGCGAGUGUCCAGAGCGGCUCUAAGGACUGUGCUGCAGCGCCUCCGGGGGACCCCUCGGGGCGCCUUUUGGGAGACUGACAGGGGACAGGAAUAUGAGAUCAUCAGCUUUGCUGAGACAGGCCUCUCCGACAUCAACCAGACCCGUCUUGAUUUCCACUUCUCCUCUGACCGAACCCCCGGCGGCGUGGAAGUCCAGCAGGCCAGCCUUAUGUUCUUCGUGCAGCUUCCUUCCAGGGCCGUCUGGACUUUGAAGGUGAGGGUCCUUGUGGUGGGCUCACAGGACGCCAACCUCACCUCAGCUACUCAGCAGCUGCUCCAGGUGAAUGCUAGCGGCUGGCACCAGCUUCUUCUGGGGCCUGAAGCGCAGGCUGCCUGCAGCCAGGGGCACCUGACCCUAGAGCUGGUUCCUGAAGGCCACGUGGCCCAGCGUGCAGUCCUUCUGGGUGGGGCUGCCCAUCGGCCUUUCGUGGCGGCUCAGGUAAGACAGGGGGGCAAGCACCGGGUGAGCCGACGAGGCAUCGACUGCCAGGGAGGCUCCAGGAUGUGCUGUCGACAAGAGUUCUUUGUGGAUUUUCGUGAGAUUGGCUGGCACGACUGGAUCAUCCAGCCCGAGGGCUACGCAAUGAACUUCUGCACAGGGCAGUGCCCGCUGCACGUGGCGGGCAUACCUGGCAUUGCCGCCUCCUUUCACACCGCAGUGCUCAACCUUCUCAAGGCCAACACGGCCGUGGGCACGACCGGAGGGGGUUCGUGCUGUGUGCCCACAGCCCGGCGCCCGCUGUCGCUGCUCUACUACGACAGGGACAGCAACAUCGUCAAGACCGACAUACCUGACAUGGUGGUGGAGGCCUGCGGGUGCAGCUAA